CCCUUCAGGGACUGGGCACUUCCUCUGCUUGCUUUCAUAGGCAUUAGACAUUAGGGCUGGAAGGCACCUCGGAAGAUCAUCGAGUCCAGCCCCAUUUCCUUUGCUAUUCAGGGUUCGUGGUGACCGGAGGGAGGUGUUGGCAAAGCUAACUGAAUUCAAUGCGCAGAGUUUGGAGCCGAGGUUGAUCUCCUGAGAUGCAGGCUCGGUUGUUUGGCUGCAGGACAGUCUUUGAACUGCGCCUUUACUGCCUUUUAAUAGAAAGCGCCUCUUUAGCCAUUAAAUCCAUUUAACUGCAAAUCCUGUUUGCCGUUCGGGUCCUGUGCACGUUUCUCGCCUCGCAAAGCAGCUUUCUGUUCGCGCGCAGGGCUUGCAUGGGAAGCAAGGGGCAUUGCACUGUGGUCGCACGCUCAGCCGCUUGCCUGUUCCUGGCAUCAGCCGCCGCCUCCUUGCCCAGGCUCGAAAGUCUGUCCGGCCAGGCGAGCCAAGGAUGUGAACGCUUCCUGCUUGGGUCAGGUCUGCCCUGGUGAUGUGCGCCGGCUCCUCAGGGCACAAAGAGGCUGGGAUCUCUGUUGUAGCUGCUGCAAUACUGGCAAUGCGGCUCUGUACUGAUGUGGCUCCUUGCUCGCGGCGGGGAUGGCUUUAUCCCACCCGCACAGAGAGCAUCCGCAGGAGGAGCGCUCUGCCUGCACCGCGCGCACGGGUCCCUGCCCCGGCCACGUGUUCCCGGCAUCGCCGGAGCCUGCCGGGCACUGAAGGUCAAGAUAGACGAGGCCUUUGAGGUGGUGUUUGGUUCGUGCCUGCAGCUUGGCAGCGUGAGGUGGUUUCGAUGCUGCUGUGGGAAGGGUUUGCUGGAGCCAGCGGCAGGAUGGAUGGAGGCUGGGAAGGUGCAGCAGUCUCGUGCCGGCUGCAGGGCAUGGUGAGCUCGCCGAGUCUCAGGGGCUCACCGUGGGAAGGGGGGUCUCGGUGCACGAUGAAUUUGAAGUGCUUUUUUUUCCCGGCUGUGGCUUCCCUCUGCAGGUGCCUUGCGCACGUGCUGGCCAAGGGGACGAGGUGACCCAGAGACUGAAAGUGGCAGCUGGCUGGCGGCGCAGCCCCGGUGCUGGGUCUGGCGUCACGGUCAGACCAGGCUGCAGGGUCUCCUUGGGAAAGCGUGCAGGGCCCCGGGCAGCGCCGAGUGACGGAGUUGCAGCCUAGGGAGAAGACUAAUAGCCCUGCCCCAGAACAACCGAAGGACUUUUCACUCGUGCUUCCGCUUAAUUCGUCGCUGAUACGUGUCUGGUUUGUCUGGCGCGAGGGAGCACCUGAGCCUUUGCCACCUCUCCCUGGCCUGGUUUGGGGGUGGUUAAAAGGCUCCAAGCUGCUCCACUGGCUUUUUGGUGUCCUGUAAGCCCGCACCAGGGCAAGUGUGAAUUGCUGCUCCAUGUCCGCUGUUCCCCAGCGUUGACCUGUCCGGUUUUAAGGAGGAUAAAAUGCUUUGGAUUUUCUCUGAAGUGUUCGACAGGUGACUGCAUCCUUCCUCCAGGCUUCUCCCAGGGGAGGCGCCUCCUUGGCCAGCUGCUAAUUAUCAACCUGGGCUGAUAAUAGCUUUUCAAGAGUCCCCUAGGUGUGUCCCCAACCUGGCCCAUUUUCGUGCAGAUGAGGGGAGGGAUUGUUGUUGGAGACGGGAAACAAGGUCCCGCUCCUGGCUUGACCCUGCGCGCAGCAGGCUCUGCUCCCUCGCAAGCCGGGCCGUUUGCACGGCUCUGUAGGGGUAAAGGCACCAAUCCAGACCUGACCUGUGCCCCAAAGAGAGCAGCCCUGUGAGAACAACUUUGCUGGUGUCUCUUCUUACUUGGCUUCCUGACAGGCGAGCCAUCGCUCGGCCCCUUUCAGGAGCGUCCCCCGCUCGGAUGCAACGUGGGUUUUGGCUGUGUGAGUGUAAAGGGUUUUCAUGAGAAUCAAACCCCAGUAAAUCCUCCUGCCAGGUGUGGGGGCUUUUUCUGUGGGCAGACGGAGGCUUCCCAAGAUGAGGACGGAGGUUUUCUGGUCUGCCGGUUCUGAACACCCAGGUGAAGCCCUUUCCGCUCUGCUUGUGGCUUGAAUGAAGGGCCUGGGGAGCAGAUUGCAAGGCUGAUAAUAUCUUAAGCUUCUCCGCCAGUGAUUGCAGCUCUGCAGAGCUGAGCUCUGCCUCUGAGCGAGCAGAGCUGGUCUUUCUGUGUGCUCAUUUGAUGUGUAAUCUCAGAAACAAGUCCUGUGUUAUCAGGAGAUGUGGGUGCAGCCGAGUUGCACACAUCCAGCCCGCUUGGGCCUGCAGCAAAAGAAACAAACCCCGAGAAAAUCUUCCCUUUUAAGAGUAGUUGGGCACUCAAGCAAGCGCUGAGCGCAGUCGGUGCAGAGGCAUUUGCAGUGAGUGGCAAAGACCUGGCAGCCUGCGCGGCUUGUGGGGCAGCUCCCCGGUAGCAAGGCUGAGUCCGGCAGGUAAGACGUUGCUUCCCCUGGGGUGGGACUGGCUUUGCUCCAGAGCUGGGUCUGGGCCAGGACACGAGUGAGCCGGUGCUGGCGGCAGAUGCACGUGCCCUCUGGAAGCGAGGGGCAUGGCUGUGCCCCUUGUCUCGCCGUUUCUUGCCUGGCGGUGGGCUCAGCAGAGGUUCCCGACUGCUGCGAAUGGCCAGGAUACCCGGGGCCUGCUCUCCACACUGCCCCAGGAAGCCCUCCUGCACCGACCGGGGUGGGUGUGCGUACUCAGGGCUGCCCAAGGCCAGCUAACUCCUGGACUUUGGUGCCUGCUGGUGCGAUUGCGUAGGCGUCGGGAGCAGCCCUGAUCUCAGCACGGAGGUGACAGCAAGCGGUGCCACCCUCUGCAAGCCAGCCCGCAGUUACGAGCCGGGGAAGAUAGCACCGAGUCCGGCAAGCUGUGUUACCCCAGGGUUGAUUCCAGCCUGCUCUUGAGCACGAGCAGCGACGCUCAGCCGGGUCUCGCCGCCUGCCCCCGGCACAGAGGAGAAUUCGACUCCCCGCCACCCAGCAGGAGUUGUUGGGUCUGAAGACAUCAAGCAGAACGAGAAAAAUCUGGCAGUGAAUCAGAGCUGGAGCCAUGACAGUGUUGAUAAAGCUGCCCUCAGGCAGAGUAAACCCAAAACUGAAGUCACCAGCGAGAUGGUGCGGUCUUCCACCAUGAUGGUUUCAGACAAGGCUUCCCUCUUGUCCGUGAAGAAAUUUGAACUAAGAGAUACUAUCGUUAAAUCCCAGCUUGUGCAGAAGGAGGAUUCGUAUACCUCCAUCCAGAACUUCAGGUUUUUUGUCGGGACGUACAACGUCAACGGGCAGUCGCCCAGAGGGAGCCUCCAGCCCUGGCUGAGCCAUGACAUCGAGCCUCCGGACAUUUACUGCGUUGGUUUCCAGGAGCUCGAUCUGAGCAAAGAAGCCUUCUUUUUCAAUGACACGCCGAAGGAGGAAGAGUGGUUUAAAGCUGUAACUGAUAGUCUUCACCCCGGUGCCAAGUAUGCCAAGGUGAAGCUGAUCCGGCUCGUUGGGAUCAUGCUCCUGCUCUACGUGAAGGCAGACCUUGCGCCAAACAUCUCGGAGGUGGAAGCGGAGACCGUGGGGACUGGGAUCAUGGGGAGAAUGGGUAACAAAGGCGGAGUAGCGAUCAGGUUCAAGUUCCACAACACGGGCGUGUGCGUGGUGAGCUCCCACCUGGCCGCGCACACCGAGGAGUACGAGCGGAGGAACCAGGACUUCAAGGACAUCUGCUCUCGCAUGCAGUUCUGCCAGGCUGAUCCCAGCUUGCCCCCCCUCACCAUCAACAAGCACGAUGUGAUCCUGUGGCUGGGAGACCUCAAUUACAGGAUAGAAGAGCUGGACAUGGAGAAGGUGAAGAAGCUCGUGGAAGAGAAGGCAUUUCUAGCUCUUUAUCAACACGACCAGCUGAAGAGGCAGAUGGAUGAGAAAGCUGUCUUUGAAGGCUUCACGGAAGGAGAGAUUUCCUUCCAGCCGACCUACAAAUACGACACCGGCUGUGAUGACUGGGACACUAGUGAGAAGUGUCGUGCCCCAGCCUGGUGUGAUCGGAUCCUCUGGAAGGGGAAGAAUAUCACUCAGCUGAGCUAUCGCAGCCACAUGGCUUUGAAGAUCAGUGACCAUAAGCCAGUGAGCUCCAUGUUUGAAAUUGGGGUGAAGGUCGUGAACGAGGAACUCUACCGGAAAGCCUUUGAAGAAAUAGUGCGCUCGUUGGAUAAGAUGGAGAACGCGAACAUCCCGUCGGUGACCCUGUCCCAGAGGGAGUUCUUUUUCAAGGAUGCGAAGUACAUGCAGCUGCAGGUGGAGAAGUUGACCAUACGCAACGGACAGGUGCCCUGUCAGUUCGAAUUCAUCAGCAAACCGGACGAAGACACCUACUGCAAGGAGUGGCUGAUUGCAAACCCCUGCAAGGGGUUCCUGCUACCGGACUCUGAGAUGACGGUUGAAUUGGAGAUGUUUGUUAAUAAAUCAACAGCUACGAACUUAAACUCUGGGGAGGAUAAGCUCGAAGACAUCCUGGUUUUGCAUCUCGACAGGGGGAAGGAUUAUUUCCUGUCGGUGACUGGAAACUAUUUGCCCAGCUGCUUUGGGUCUCCCAUCCACACGCUGUGCUACAUGAGGGACCCGAUCCAGGACAUGUCGGCAGAGUCCAUCCGAGAGCUGACCCUGAUGCCCCUGCUCGUGAACGGUGAAGCUUUCAAGGGUGAGAAGCCUUUGGAUAUCCCCAAAGAGCUGUGGAUGAUGGUGGAUCAUCUGUACCGCAACGCCUCACAGCAGGAGGACCUGUUCCAGCAGCCCGGCCUGCGCUCCGAAUUCGAGCACAUCCGCGACUGCUUGGACAAAGGCAUGCACGACACCCUCUUUGGCAGCAACCAUUCUGUAGCCGAAGCCUUGCUGCUCUUCCUGGAAAGCCUGCCAGAGCCUGUCAUCUGCUACGAGUUCUACGCCCUCUGUUUGGAGAGCGCCAGCAACUACGUGCUGGGCAGACAGAUUAUCUCCAGGCUGCCUGAGUGCCAUAAGAACGUGUUCAAAUAUCUGAUGGCAUUUCUGCGGGAACUACUGAAAAAUUCAGGGAAAAACCACUUGGACACAAACAUUCUUGCUAGUAUAUUUGGUGGCUUGUUGCUUCACCCUCCUCCUGGCCAGCCCAAGCCUGACAUCACUGAGAAGAGGAAGGCCCAGCAAUUCAUCCAUCAGUUCCUCUUGAGAGAAGACAACUUCCCAUAGACUCCAGUUGCAGCUAAUCUGUUUUUAGAUGAAGAUAUUGAGUUACUGUAAAAUAUUUUUGUACAGAGUAUCAGCUUUUUUCAGGAUUUUACAGUAUUUUAUAUAGAGCACAAUCUAUUAUUAAAUACAGAUCAGACGUUUAGAACCAGUUGUCACUGUAUUAACAAACUAUAAAGAACACUGAAUUUCUAAAUAAGCUUGACAGAAACCAGCAAAGACACGCAGGAACUGACAUUUUAUACCGUAUUUUAAUUAUUUAACUUGUAUUAAACUGAGGAGUUUUAAAGUUCCUUUUUAUUUAUAAAGCGAUAGCCAUCUUAGUGCACUUUCUCGGCCUGCCCUUCACCCCGUGUCCCUGGUGACAGGCUUGCGCUUCCGGGUCUGUUCAUUUGGAUUAAAUCUCAUUUGUUCAACGGCGCGGAGCCAAGCGAGACACGAGCCACAGAGCAUUGCCAGGUGUGUCUCAGCCUCUGCACAAGCACGUUGGGGGCUGCAGAGAGCCUCGUUUAGGGCCUUGGUGACGAUGCAGAAAAUCAGAAGAGAAGACAUUAGCAAUUCUGUCUCUCUGCAUGCAGGGACUGUGAACGUGCUGUAGUCCAGGCCUAAGUGGAUUAGCUCCUUGCCUGAAGAUGUUCAUGAUGCUGCCAGGGCAGUGACCGUUGGCAAGCCCUGUGACCUGAGAUGGCACUGCAGGGACUCUGUGCAUACGGUGCCCGUGACACCUUGGAGGUGAACUUGCAGUAUCGGCUAGAACUGUUAAGCUUUGCGCAGUCUGGUUUAAACGUCGGCGAACUAGGCAGCAGAUUCCAGCGUACUGUGCCUAGCCAGGACUUUCUGUUGUGUAAUUCUAUUUUGAUGCUAUAAAUCUAUUUUAACAGUGGUUGCAGCGAGUGCUUGUCACGCUUCCUCCUCUGUGGGUGCAGCUUCUUCCAGUGGUCUGUGUAACGUGGUUGUCCAGUUCUGCUGUGGUUUGGAGUUAAUGUUUUCUCCACCUUGUGACCUUCCCCUUCUAGAUGCCAUUUCCCCUGAGCAUACGUUAGUUUGAGGAAUUCCUCGUCCUGCUGGUGUUUUCACAGCUGUGUUUACACUUCUCUCAAAGAGUAAGACUCGGGGAAGCCUGUACUUUGUUACCUGCGUAGGCCAACUUCACUGUUUCACUACCGCGCUAACGCCUUGC